AUGUCUGAGACCAAGGAACAAUAUAUUUCUCUCGCCGAGGUAUCUAAGCAUACCAAACAAGAUGACAUGUGGGUUGUCAUCAAUGGAAAGGUCUAUGAUGUUUCUAAGUUCGUUGAUGAGCACCCUGGUGGUGAAGAAGUCAUCAGCGAUGUCGCUGGUAAGGACUGUACUCGUGAGUUCGAGGAUGUUGGUCACUCUGAGGAUGCUGUUGAGAUCCUUGAAAGAUUGUUUGUCGGAGACGCCGACCCAAGUGUAAGUUUCUAUCGAUAUGGCCUGUUAUGA